UGAUCUUGGCAUUGGCACUGAUCUGUCCCACCGGUACACCUGCUCAUCUCCACCGUGUCUGCAAUUAGUCCUCAUUGGUUUCAUCUGUUUUCACCUCCUUAUAAUCCCUGUGCAGAUCAGAUGCCAGUGCCAGAUUGUCUCAAGCAAAUCGUAUGAGCAUUCCAGCGUUCUCGUCCCUGUCUGCCUGUUUCCUGACCCCUGUGUUUCUUCUGAGCCUACCCGUGAACGAACUUGGACUGGACCCGGACUCUCCCUGUUGGACCUCCCUUCUGUACCGCCGCCGGAUAAUUGCCCUCUGUGUACUGGACCUGGACUCCCCCGGAUUACGCCUCUGGAAAAGCCCCUGUCGGAUCCCUGCCUGUUCGCCCGCUACCCUCCACUCCCGGAUCAGUUCGCUUGGGUUUCUGCCGGCUCUCCGGACCCAGCUACCCCAACUUCAGGGGCUAACCACACUAAGCGCGAGCUACUGCGCGUGGAGAGGGCGAGUCCACUUCCUGCUUGUAAAUAAAAACAUUGAAAACGCCACUGACCUGUGUCGGCUGAAAUCAGAGUCCUGCUCCCGCACAUUACAGGACAAUCUGGCCAGAAAGAUGGACUCUUUGCCAGAUACAGAGUGGCGAACGGGGGUGGAAAAGUCUAUUUCGCAGCUUGAGGCUGGUGUCGCCGAGAUCCUAGGUCAUCUCCGCAGCCAAGAGGCUCCCGCACUUCCGCAAACAUCCGCCUCCGUCACCACGUCACGUGUGAUGACGUCGACGUUGCCUGAGCCGCGUCUAACUCCCCCCGAGCCUUUUGGGGGCAACCCAGAUCAGUGCAGAGCGUUUUUAACUCAAUGUGAAAUCCACUUUGAGUUACAACCAUCUUCCUAUCCCACGGAUCGCUCUAAAGUUGCUUUUGUUAUCUCCCUGCUGACCGGCAAAGCUAAAUUAUGGGGGGACUCUCAAGGAGUUGGAAGAUCUUACCACACGAGUCGACCUCAGACUAAUGGAACGGCGAAGGGAUCGUCGUCCGGCGCCUUCAUCCCGCCUCUGGACUCCUUCAUCCGCCUCUGCUGCACCGUUGACCCCGCAUGCUUCAGCGGAUCCUGA